AUGGAGGAAUUGGAUGAAAUGACUGUUUCGGUUCUAAACGCUGCCAGCAUAGAUGAGGCCUUACUCCACAGCCUCAGUCGGGAUGAUUUAAGAGACCUCUUUCCUGGGCCAGAGAACUUUCUCAGGAGUAAACAACUGUGGGCUCUUAUUAGCCAAGAGGGUGAGAAUGCCGCUUUACCAGACAAAGCUGGCCCAGGUGAAAGAGGAACUGUGUCAUCACUUCAAGGAUCACCUCCAGUAUACCCCCACACAUCCACUCCUGUGGUGAAGAAAACCCCAAGGAAAACCCUACAACUUCCUAGUCCUCCAGAAUAUGUGAUCUACACAGACACUGAGUUGGAACUAGCUCGUAAGCACCAUUUUGAGAUGGCCCACACUGGUAGAGAGGGGGAAUCUGCCAUGUAG